AUGCCUCGGUCAAGGAGCAAGAAGAAGACGGCUCUUCCGCGCAGACGAGUGGCCGUCCAAGACGAGGAUGGCUGGACUCACAUCACCAACACCAGACAAGUCACUUCUACCGCAACUGCGACUGCUACUUCUACUACUACAGACCAGCUGCUACCAGCAGAGAUACCAGACGGGCUGACGCUGAGCCAGCUCCGCGCGCAGUUCGAGUCGCACCGACAAAAGUGGCUGGCCUCGCAGACCUGGAAGACCAUCACAUCUACCAACAUCGACAAAGCUAUCAACAAAGAUAUCACGAUAGACAAGUUCGUCUGCAUCGCCCUCGGAAGCCCCAGCGGUUUUCUCCGCGGCGGGCUUAUCGACCGUCGAGCCGUCUCGCUCUUCCAGCUGGCAGCUUUCACGUCUCUGAUCGAGUACCUCAGUCGCAACAGCAACAGCAACAACACCCGUCAUCACGAUGAAGACGAGCACGAGGACGACGCCGCGGAUGAUGAUGAUACCAAGAGAAGCAGAAGGGCGUAUCGGUGUUAUGCUCAGGAUCCGGUUUUCAACAGGCUGGAUGUAGAGCUGCUCGCCUCGUUGGGAGUGGAAGUGGUGCAGCGCGAGGCCUUUGGCAUGGUGGAUGAGCAGACGGUCCUCUUUGGGCCGGGCAUGGAGAGACGGCAUCUUGUCGAGCUGCUGGCCAGACGGCCGGUGGUUUUCUUCGGUGGGCCGUUAGAGGGGCCUUCUACUUCUUCUUCUACUACUACUUCAGAUGUGAUUGAGGACUUCAAGGAGAAGCACCAGUCAGUGCGUCUGCCGGAUUUUGAACCGAACACGGCGCCGUUUUGGGGGACGAGUAUCUUCUGGCGAGACAGUCAUCCUGCGAUAUGA